UCCAUUUUGCGGCGGUCGACGGUUUCUCUGUCCCCUCCUCCCUCUUUCUUCCUGUCGAACGACUCAGUUUCUUGGGCGGUCGGACGUAGCUUGAGAAGCUCUUCUUCCUGGUUUUCCAUAAUUCUCUUUCAAAUUCUCUCUUAAUUCACCGUGACAUGAUGUCCAAAGCAGUCGGCAUAUCAAGGGCCUAUGCUACAGCGGCCUCUUCGAGGCGUUCGAUCUCGACCCUGCCUCACCUCUCUGAGAGAAUUAAGCAAACAGAAAAUGAGAUUGUCCGAAUGUUCCUCCCGCACGAUCUCGGAGACGAUGCUCAGAACCAGCCGGAAGAUCCUAGGAUGGCGAGGUAUUCAAGGAGAGGCCUUUCAGUUCGGACAUUGGAUGAAAGGUUCAUCAGGAUUCUGAAGAUUUUCAAGUGGGGCCCCGAUGCAGAAAAGGCUUUGGAGGUGCUAAAGUUGAGAGUGGACCAUCAGCUCGUUCGUGAAAUACUGAAGGUCGAUGUUGAGAUCGCUGUUAAGAUUCAGUUCUUCAAGUGGGCUGGAAAGAGGAGAAACUUUACGCAUGAUGCGAGCACCUAUAUGGCCUUGAUUCGCUGCUUGGACGAAGCUGUGCUGGUUGGUGAGCUAUGGAAGAUGGUUCAAGAAAUGGCUCGGAGCGCAAGCAUGAUCAACCCGGUUGAAUUAUCUGAAAUUAUCCAGAUCUUGGGCAGGGCUAAGAUGGUAAACAAGGCUCUUUCGAUAUUUUACCAAGUCAAAGGACGCAAGUGCAAACCUACAACAAGCACUUACAAUUCUAUGAUUAUGAUGCUGAUGCAAGAGGGUCAUCGAGAAAAGGUUCAGGAGCUGUACACAGAGAUGUGUAAUGAUAACAGUUGUCUUCCUGAUACUGUGACCUACAACACAGUUAUAUCAGCAUUUGCUAAAUUGGGUCAUGCAGAAUCUGCACUUAGGUUAUUUGAUGAGAUGAGGGUGAAUGGUUUACAUCCCACUCCAAAGAUCUACACAACUUUGCUGGGAAUCUAUUUUAAAGGUGGGGAAGUUGAAAAGGCAUUGAGUCUAGUACAGGAGAUGAGAGACAAGGGUUGUGUGCUCACUGUUUUUACAUACACUGAAUUGAUCAAGGGGCUUGGCAAGGCUGGGAGGAUUGAUGAUGCCUACAGUGUGUUUAUUCAUAUGCGACAAGAAGGCUGUGAGGCUGAUGUUGUCCUCAUAAACAACAUGAUUAACAUUCUGGGAAGAGCCGGUCGCCUUGAUGACGCUUUAAAACUCUUUAAUGGCAUGGAAUCCAUGCGAUGUGUGCCAAAUGUCGUGACAUACAACACCAUAAUCAAGGUUUUGUUUGAAUCCAAGGCUCCAGCUUCUGAAGCGGCGUCAUGGUUUGAGAAAAUGAAGGAAAAUGGUAUUGUUCCCAGCUCAUUCACUUAUUCAAUUCUCAUUCAUGGGUUUUGCAAGGCAAACAGGGUUGAAAAGGCUUUGCUUCUCCUGGAAGAGAUGGAUGAGAAAGGUUUUCCUCCUUGUCCGGCUGCUUAUUGCAGCCUGAUAAACAGUCUUGGAAAGGCGAACCGUCAUGAAGCUGCUAACGAGUUAUUUAAAGAAUUGAGAGAGAAUUCUGGGCAUUUGAGCUCAAGAGUAUACGCAGUCAUGAUUAAACACUAUGGAAAAAGUGGACGUUUUAGUGAAGCUGUUGAUCUUUUCAAUGAGAUGAAGAUGAUAGGCUGCAAUCCUGAUGUUUAUGCUUAUAAUGCACUCAUGUCAGGGAUGAUUAGGGCUGGUUUGAUAGAUGAAGCUCAUUCAUUAAUUCAGACCAUGGAAAAAAAUGGCUGCAGCCCAGACAUAAAUUCACAAAAUAUCAUUCUCAAUGGCCUGGCAAGGUCUGGUGGGCCGGAUCGGGCGAUGGAAAUGUUUACGAAGAUGAAAUGUUCAAACAUUAAGCCGGAUUCCGUAUCUUAUAACACCAUACUGGGAUGUCUUAGCCGCACUGGUAUGUUUGAGGAAGCUGCAAAGCUUAUGAAGGAGAUGAAGGCUCAAGGAUUUGAAUAUGACCUCAUCACCUACUCAUCAAUACUUGAAGCAGUGGGUAAAGUCGAUGAAGUUCGGGAACCAGCCUAAUGAGAAACAUAAUUGAUCAGAUUUUAUCUGCAUGGUCUAUUCUAUGGCUAAUCGUUGUUAAAUCAUUUGAUAACAAGAGUUGUUCUGUGAUAAAUGACCACUAUGAGUCAAAAUCAAUAGAAUACGAUCAAUCUUUUUUUCUGUCAUUAAGGUGGAAAACUGAACCAAGAAUUCUCUUUCUUUAUCAUCAAUCAAAUCGCUAUUCAUGACAACCGCUGUUUCACCUCCUGAAAGCAAAGUUGGCUUGACAAGCGCAGAUGAGAGGAAGCAGAAGCAAUCUGAUUGGCUAGACUUCUCCUUGUUCAGGUCAGGCACAUCACAAGCAGAAAAAACUGGACCUCUUAUUUGCCUUCUAACGGGGUAAUCUCUUUGGAUCAUCAGUAAAGAGGCUCAUCCAGCCAUAGGAAUUGUAUAGCAUGCAAGCGCAUUCAUUGAUGCAGCGAAUGCAAGUUCCUAAUGGAGGCUUUUCCAUGAGGUUCCCCAGCUGCUGCUAUCGAAUUCCCUCUUUUCGCUUUUUGCAAGUGAAUCAGAGUGGGAAAUGGUCAAUCCGGUGUGGCACUGAUGACUUUCCUGGAUUGGAUGCCUUGCUUGCAUUUUUAAUUGGAAUGGAAGCGGCAGGCUUCAAUCAAUUCUCUAGGUGAAGACUAGCUUUUGAUACACUUAUCGGAUCAGAGACAUAUUUCCUUGGUCGUCAUGCAAGUUUUUGUUGCUGGAGAGCUGCCGAUAUUCAAGUUAAAAUUCCCCUCGUAGGUAAUUGUUUUGACUACCGACCCUUUUAUCCGUAUCUUAGAUUUGGCUUGGUUUUAAGGUAAGGUAAAGCUCUAAGACCAAAAAAGAUGGUGAAGAAAACAACUGUUCCUUUGGAAGGCCGCGCUAUCCUGGCAUGUUUAGAGAGACUUUCGGAAAGGUUGUGAAUGAUGUCUUGGACAUGGGCAUGCAAGAUGGUGGCAGGGAUCAUUCUGUCUUGAAGAUGAGAAAGGUAGAGAAGUACUUGUCCUCACUAACCAGUGGCUUCUCUGAUGUUGAUGAUUAUAAGAUGGAUGUUUUUGAAUUUGGAGAGGACAGUUUGAUGCUAGAUAUGAGUAUCUGGAGACUGACAGUGUUAAGAAGAUGGAGUCGAAGAAGCAGAAGUCUGACAUUGGUGAUCUCUUGACAGUGGGCCUUUUUCUUUUCCAGGAAAGAUCCAUCAAAACGGUGAUUGGUUAUGAACCUAUGGCUGUUUGGGGAUUAGCAUGUUACUGUGAGAUGCCUGGCAUAGAGAGAAGGCUGCAGCACAUCGCCUACAUGUACUACUCCAUCUCUCUACUUGAUUGACAUGAGGUGCAAGCCAUCAUAUUCUCAAAGUGCCUUGACCCCCUUAUUGUGGGGCUGGUUGGAGAUUCAUAUUUUCAAAGGACAUGGCAACUGAGACUCGUGGGCAGCCCAUUAACAGGGAGAAGUUGGAGGCAGCUCUAAGAGUUGCAUUGAUAGUCCGCCGAUGGAAAGUGUGAGGAUGUACUCAGUGAUGUGGAAGCACUGUGGGAGUAAUUCAAGGACUCUCUUGAAGCUCGUUGCAUUAUUGAAGGCAGGUCUGAUAUCUUCAGGUCCAGGAAAAAUAUCGAUCUCGCCGAUUCUUCCAUGUAAAAUCAGUUUACCACGUCAAGUGUGAUGGCUACAAACCAUGUGGAAAAUUUACUUCGUAUAGUACAUUGUAAUAUGCUUUUCUAUAUGAAAAAUUACUAAGGAGGUUCAUGUUCA